CCUUUUAAAAGAAAUGUUUUGUGUAUAUACAAAAAUAUGUACAGUAACAAUUUUUCAAUUAGUAUUGAUAUAGCUAGGGCCUAGGCACUCCAAAGUACUACACAGCAAUCGAUGGCCGAAGUCAUGGAUGCGCCUGUCGAAGGCGUGGAUCGCCGUCGUGAACGGAGUAAGGACAAGUCCGCCGACGAGCUCGAGCCUCCUCCUCCACCUCCUCCUCAGCUACGGCGAGGCCGUGACCGGGACUCUCGGGAACGGAGGGACGACAGGGACUCUGACAGAAGAGGUAGCCGAGGGGACUACUCCGACCGUAAACGGUCCCCUCCGCCUCCGCAGCUUCGGGAGCGUGACUACAAGCGGAGUCGCCCUAGCUCCAGCCCUCCCCCACCCUACCGUGAUCGGCGAGGCGGCCGCUCUCCCCCCUCACGACGCUCGCCACAUUAUUCUUCCAAGCGCUCUAGGAGAGAUGAGUAUGAUGGCCGACGUGGAAGCCCUAGAGGAGGAUACGGACCUGGUGAACAGAGAUUUAGUGGUGAGCAUGACGAUCCAAUAGGCCAUGAGCGUGAAAUGGGGGGAAGGCAUAGACAUCCAGAUGAGAGGUCGCAUGGUCGAUAUGUUGGGCGUUCUUCUGACUCGGGUUCUGGUCGGAGUGGAUAUGGUGAUGCUGUUGUAUCACGAGGUGCCCAAAGAGAAGGAUUGAAGUCAUAUAAACAGUUCAUUCAGGAACUUGAAGAUGAUAUCUUGCCAGCUGAAGCUGAGCGCAGGUAUCAAGAAUAUAAGUCUGGAUAUAUAGAAGCCCAGAAAAGAGCAUAUUUUGAUACACAUAAAGCUGAAGAAUGGUUAAAAGACAAGUACCACCCAACAAAUUUGGUCACUGUAAUAGAAAGGUGUUUUCUUCAACUUUAUUGUGGUUUUAUGGACAUCCCCAUCUUUCCUCUCUGAUCUUCUUAGGAGAAAGGGCCAUGCACAGAAACUAGCAAAAGAUUUCCUUCUUGAUUUGCAAAGUGGAUCGUUAGACUUAGGCCCUGGUGUUACCCCUACACCCUCAAACAGGACAGAACAGCCCAGUAACCCCAAUACAGAUGAUGAAGCAGAGGGUGCUGACAAAAGAAGACGGAAAGGAAGGGGAUCAUCUAAAGAUGCAAUGUUAUUUUCAGAUGCUCCAAAGGCUCACCCAGUCAGUUCUGAGCCCAGAAGAAUUCAUAUUGACAUUGAACAAGCACAAGCACUUGUGUCAAAGCUUGAUUUGGAAAAGGGAAUUGAAGAAAACAUAUUAUCCCGGUCUGAUAAUGAUGUAGCUGGCAGGGACAAGAGCCAUGGCAGUUCCUCUGGCACAGUUGUUAUAGUGAGGGGGUUAACUUCAGUUAAAGGUCUUGAGGGACCUGAGCUUCUAGAAACUCUUCUAACCUAUCUCUGGCGCGUUCAUGGAGUGGAUUAUUAUGGUAUGACUGAAGCAAAUGAAGCUAAGGGCCUCAGACACGUGAAAUUUGAUGGCAAGAUUUCUGACACAAAUAGUAAUGGGGCAGAUUGGGAAACAAAACUAGAUUCGUAUUGGCAAGAGAGGCUGAAUGGACAAGAUCCCUUGGAGGUCAGAACAGCUAAGGACAAGAUUGAUACAGCUGCAGUAGAAGCUUUAGAUCCAUAUGUGCGCAAAAUUAGGGAUGAAAAGUAUGGGUGGAAGUAUGGUUGUGGAGCGAAGGGUUGUACAAAGCUCUUUCAUGCUGCUGAGUUUGUUCAUAAACACUUAAAGUUGAAGCACACAGACUUGGUGUUGGAGUUAACCUCUAAAGUGCGUGAGGAUUUAUACUUCCAGAAUUACAUGAGCGAUGAGAAUGCACCUGGUGGGACGCCUAUUAUGAUGCCCUCUCUGUCGAAAGAAAAAUUGCAGAGGCAAAGGCCUAGUAUAGAAAGCCGACUUAAAGAUGAUAGAGGUGACCAACGAGAACGUAAUGGCCGCCGUCUAAAUGGCAGUGAAAGAUUUGACAGGUCUGAGAAUCCACUCUCAGAAAACCAGUCCAAAGAUGAUGAUGGAGGCCAUCCAGAUGAUCAAAUGUUUGAUUCAUUUGCUGGACAUGGGAUUCCUGUUGCUGCUUUUCAUUCAGAUAUAGCCCCUCCCCCUGUGCUGAUGCCUGUACCCGGAGCUGGUCCCCUUGGGCCAUUUGUUCCUGCACCUCCUGAAAUUGCGAUGCAAAUGUUUCGAGAACAAGGCGGUCCCGUUCAAUUUGAAGGAGGUAGAAAUGGUAGGCAAGGGCAUCGUAUGGGUGGACCAUCCCCUAUCAUUGCUUUACCACCAACUCUUCGACAGGAUCCUAGGCGCUUGCGAAGCUAUCAAGAUCUUGACGCACCUGAAGAUGAAGUCACUGUGAUAGAUUAUCGGAGUUUGUAGAUUAUUGAGGUUACUGUAGAUCUUGACUCACCGUCCUGUUCUGUUUCACUAAUCCAGUAGGGCUGAUUUAAGGGUUUGUCCCAUUAGUAACAAUUUUUCCUCGCUUGUUAUGGAUUAUAUUCUUGCUUGUAAUAACAUUAUCCUCUAUAAGGCAGUUAUUCAAUAUUGAGGGGCAUUUUGUUUGGGUCAAAUAAGAUUUUUGAGGCAAUAUUACCAUUUAAUU